GAAAUAAAUUUAAUUUUUAUAAAAAAAAAAAUAAAUUUAAAAUAACUAUUUCAUAUGUGUAAAAGUUAAUAAAAAACUCAAACCAAAUAUAAAAAAAUGAAAAAACUUUAUGCAAAAACCUCAUUCUCAAGCAAAAGUCGUGCAACAAAAUCCAACCAUAAAGCGGAUAAUGAAACACUGACAACAUCCUCUUCCUCUCAAGCGGAAAUAUACAAAUAUCAUGAUCCCAUAUUGGCCUAUCAGACGACAACAACAGCAACAACUCCGACAACAACACCAAACAAAACAAAAGAAGCCACUAUGAAAUACACACCCAAACAUCCAUUUGUUAGUAAAUUUCAUAAUUUGGAGCCACAAUACAGAACAAAUCAAAAUGAAUUGACAGCAAAUGGAAUGUCUAUGGAUAAGCAUCCAGUAGCAGCAGCAUCAGCUGCAGCAACAUUGUAUAAUGAUGAAUCUCCAUAUUAUUAUACAAUAACGGAAUUGGAAAACUUACAUAUGUUGGAUCAUCGACACCCUCAGUUUCAUCAUUUGCAAAGAAUGCAACAAUUACAACAUAAUAACAACAACAAUUACAAUAAUAAUUCAAAUAAUAAAGUACAAUAUCAUCAGUAUAAUCAAUUGGUAUUGCAACUUCCUCCGGCUUCAUCGGUUACAUCUAAUCGUCAUGAUAAUGAUGAUGAUGAUGCUGAUGAUCAUGAUGAUGUUGUAGAUGGUUUACAGCAUCAACAACGUUUAAUUUCUCCCAUCUAUGAAGCACCACAAAUGAAUUCACAUCAACAUUACAAUCACCAACAGUAUCAUAAUUAUAAUCAACAUAAUCAUAAUAAUGCAUCAUUAUCUGCGAAUAUGUCUGCCACAUCAAAAUCUUCUAUUUCCUCAACUACGCCACCACCUCCGCCUCCACAUCAUUCGAUAUCUACGCAUUGUGCAACUACAACAUUAUCAUCUUCAACGUUAUCAGCAUCAACAUCGCCACUUGAUGUCUAUAAUCUGAAUUGUAAUUUGUAUGAUCAAAAUCAACCUCAAUUGUCAUCAUUGAUGUCGUCUCCGUCCUCUUCGGUCUCAUUAUCUUCCAUUUCGACUUCAUCGUCAUCAUCAUUGUCUACGCCGCGUGAUAAUUUGUCGUCUAAAAUGGAUUUUAUGACCACCACCAAUAGCACUAGCUCCACCACCAUCAUAUCGCCAACAUUAUUUGCUGAACAAAGUAUUAUCGGAGCUAGAGCCUCCGUUAUGGUUUACGAUGAUAACCAAAAGAAAUGGGUACCAUCGGGCACCUCAUCAGGUCUCAGUAAGGUCCAAAUCUAUCAUCAUCAACAGAAUAAUACAUUUCGUGUGGUGGGACGUAAAUUACAAGAUCAUGAAGUUGUAAUUAAUUGUUCCAUCUUAAAAGGACUGAAAUAUAAUCAAGCCACUGCCACAUUUCAUCAAUGGCGCGAUUCGAAAUAUGUUUAUGGUCUAAAUUUCUCCAGUCAAAAUGAUGCUGAGGCAUUUGCCCGGGCUAUGAUGCAUGCAUUAGAUGUUCUCAGCGGUCGUGUGCCCAACAAUCCUGGCCAGCCUACGAAUGGCAAUAGCUAUGAGGAGGAUAUGGGCUAUCGCACCAUGACCAGUGAAGAUGCUGCCAUUUUAAGACAACAACAACAGAUUACCGGCCAGGUAACACCAUCGGCUCAAACACCAACUUCACAAACAAAUCAAAAUAAUAUACCACAAAGCCCACCGACACCACAGCAGGGUCAUCAUCGUACUAGCAGUGCUCCCCCGGCUCCCCAGCCACAACAACAAAUGCUACAGCAACAACAGCAGCAGCAACAACAAGCUCUAUAUGGUCAUACUGGUAAUGGGCCAACUCAGAAUGGUGGCAUGCAGCAGCAACAACAACAGCCAACACAACAAAUGCAACAACCACCACCAGCACCAGGUCAAACACAAUAUCAUGCUCCCCAACAGCUGCAACAGCAGCAACAACCACAGCAACCGUCUCAACAUCAGCAGCAGCAACAACAUUCUAUUUAUGCCUCACAACAAAUGGUCAAUGCUGCCGGUUAUCCACCACAACCAAAUCAG